AGCAGGUGCGGAUCAGGUGUGUUUGUUCCUGUUGUUUAUCCUACGUACGUGUCUUUCGAUAAGUCAUUUAUUCGUGCAGGAUUUCUUCGUUACUACAGCAAGGUGAAGGUGUAAGCCAAGCAGGCACGGAUACGGGCGUUUCACGUGGGUACGCACGCACGGGUGUUAGUAAUAUGUUCAGGCGGGAUCUCAUCAGCAUGCUUGUGUCUACGGUGCAGCAAUCAUGAGGAUAUCUAAGCUAGGACUACUGGUGCUGGUCUCCGCUCUACUGCUGCUGCUACUCUGCAGUGAGCUAAAAGCGGCAGAACUACAUUUGGAGCUGGCGAAGCCGAACUAUGAUUUCUCCAACUACAGGGUGGUGAUAUUCUCCUCAGAUACAGGUGAACUCAUUGUGAACGGCACCGUCGCCAGUGAUGCCGGGAACGUGCGGAUACCGAACAUGCUGCCCGGAACACUGUUCACUGUGCAGAUCAUUGCGGAGUUCAACAAUGGAACCGCAGCGAAGUUCUUCAAGAUAUUCAACACUGCGACGGUGCCAGAAGUGCCCGGCGGUGUUAGGGGUCAGUCUGAAACGGACAAUGUGCUGCUAGAGUGGGAACCCCCAGCAAUCGGUCAGGCGAACACAUAUAUAGUCAACUAUGGCAAGAGUAAUGAUCUCGAAGUGGGAAUUCUAGGACAAGUCAGCUUGAUUAAGAAUGCCACCUCUCCGACGCGGGUGGACAAGCUCGAACCGGGAUCGAGCUAUUCAUUCUCUAUCUACGCCAUCUUUCACAACAAGAGCUCACAAGCAGCAACAAUCAAUGUAUCGACAGUUCCAUUACCACCAGAGAGCAUGGGUGUGUUAGAAACAACAUCGUCAUCUGCGCUGUUGUCAUGGAGACCUCCAUCAGUGGGCAGCUUUGAUGAAUUCCGCCUUGAAUAUGCCGGAAAUUUACAGCUGACAGGUGACUUGUCCAUGCUGAUUGGUGAUAUGAUGCCAGGGAAGAUGCUGACGGUUUCCAUGGCGACGGUCAGCAAUGGAAUGUUAAGUGACGGGGUCAGCUACAAUGUUACUGCCCGACCUCUGCCCGUUCUUAACCUGCAAGCUUUGGCAUUGAAUACAUCUGCCAUAAGUUUAUCAUGGAAAGUCGAUAUGACCAGCCAGCAGCAAUAUUUUGUGGUAACAGUGGCCAAUGUUGUGCAACAGAGUAAGAUGGACGAACAAUUUAAGCUGCAGACAAUAGAACAUGCUGCUAUUGUAGAUCGGCUUCCACCAGGGCAGCAGUUUACUAUUAACGUCGUAGCAGUCAGCAACAAUGUUAGCAGUGAUGUAUCAACAGCACUACAAGCUACAAAGCCUCUUCAACCCAUCAUCACUGCACUUAUACCAUCCGCUGACAGCUUUCAACUGAAGUGGUCGCCCGCAGAUGGCAGCACCCCAUCGACCUCCCUUUCACUUUUGUAUGGACUCGUGAACAAUGACUUGAUCUACACACGGGAAGUGAGCAAUGCAGUGUCUGAAGUCACAGUCACUGGUCUGACUCCUGGUGCUGUUUACCAGUUGAACUUGACUGCCAAUAGCUAUGGUGAAAAGAGCGAACCACUGUAUAAAAACAUAUCUUUAGUGCCGCUAGCGCCGUACGACCUGCACGUGCCGACGGCUAACGUCACCAACAGUACAAUGCUGGUGACGUGGGCGUUCGUGGACGAUGACGCUGCCUUCAUCAACGCAUUUCGUGUCAACGUGUCGUCGUCAUCUGACGGACUCGAGCAGACGAUGGUCGUCACGAACACGUCACGGCGUAGCGUGAUCGUGAGGAGACUCGAGUCGGGCAGCGAAUACAAGCUGUCAGUGGAGAGUGUGGCUCAUAACCAGUACAGUGAUCCCAUCACCGCGGUGCAGGCCACAAGACCAAGCACACCAAGGGAUAUGAGACUGCGUUUCUACACUAAUACUGGACUAGGAGUUGGCUGGUUAGCACCAUAUGGUAACUUCGAUGAAUACCGUGUCAGUUACAGUGGAAUGGAUCGUAACGGUAAUGCUACACUAGGUAAAGCAGCAGAGACCUUCUCGUUUGAUAACUUGACGGCGGGGGAGGAGUAUGUCGUGUCAGUGUCGAGUUAUUUGAAUGCCUUCAACCUAACGAGCAUUCCGGCCACCAUCGAACGAAGGACACGGCCACUACUUGAGUCUAACUUCACGCAGAUAGAAAUGUCAAACACAACAGUGAAUGUGACAGUCUCGCCCACAAAGACAGGAGCGUUUGACUAUUAUAUCAUCAGACUAGUGUCUUUCGAUACAGACAAGGAGAAAUUCCUGCCACGCAACGCCAGCUCACUCAUGGUACAGUUUAACAAGCUGAGCCCAGGAGAACCAUAUGAAGUCACACUGGCUGUGAAAAGUGGAAACAUCAAGAGCCAAGAUUCAAGAUCCCUAGAGUUCCGAACGAAUCACCAACUUGAAACCAUUCCAAAGUUAUGAAUUUGCUCUGUAUGUGAGGAGCUGGCAGCAGAGGAGUGAAGGCAUCAGUUUCAAGUUAAAAACCAAGGAAGGCUCUCCAGAUGCUGUUCAGAUGUUUCGCAUCAGCAACACGAAGGCAACAGAUAUAACGUUGAACUGGGAAGCCCCUCUCAACACAAACGGCAUCAUAUCUGGCUAUACCAUCACCUACAAUGGCUUCAGUGCUUGCAACUUUACUGACUAUGGACGUCACGAAUAUGCCGGUGGAAAUGUUUCAUACAGUCCAACAGUAACAGGUCUCAUGCCUGCCACAGAGUACAAUGUGACUAUUCAAGCAGAAACAACUAGUCGUGCUGGAGAAAAGGGCUAUGUUGUUGUAAAAACAAAACUUGCAGCACCAGCAUUGCAGAACAGAAACGCUGCACCUAUGCCAAUACAGGGCUCGACCACGACUAAGUCAUUCAGUGUUCUAUUGAAGAGAAGCUGGUUCUCAGACUGUCAUGGCAAGAUUACUAACUUUGCCAUCAUAGUAGCUCAAGACCCGACAUAUAACAGCAGUGGAACAAAUUUGCUCAAGUGGUCCCAGGUGAAGGAUACUAAACUGUGGAAGGCUUACCAGGCAACACCAAUAAACUUCAAUCCCUUUCAUUACACUGACGAGUUUAAUUUCACAAUCGGUGUUAUAGCGAAGAUUGUCACAUGACAGAUCCUCUCUUAUGCCAAUGGACACACGUGCAACAUACAAGAAA